AUGGGAGACAAGGGAUAUCCUAGCAGCUCACUACCGUCGUCUUUUGACGAUAAUGACAAAUUCGUCAACGAAAAUGGAUGGCGAAAAAUUGCCCGAAAAAUCCGCGAGGAGCCUCUAAUUCCCAUCGGUACCGCCCUCACCAUUUACGCCUUCAUCAACUCCUACCGAGCCGUCCGCCGCGGCGACUCCCACGGCGCCCAGCGCAUGUUCCGAGCCCGAGUCAUGGCCCAAGGCUUCACCGUCCUCGCCAUCUGCGCCGGAGGCCUGUACUACGGCCAAGACCGCGCCCGAUCCAAGGAGCUCCGAAAGCUCAAGGAGGCCCAGGACUCCGAGGAGAAGCGCGCGAAGUGGAUUAAGGAGCUCGAGGCCCGCGACGAGGAAGAUAAGGCUAUGAGGCGGAAGCUGGCGGAGAAGAGGCAGCUGCUCGAGGAGGAAAAGCAGAAGCUCCUUGAGGAUGAGAGGGCCGCCGUCGCUGCUGCUUCGCAUACACCGAAGAAUGAGGGUGGUGUAUUGUCUGCGCUGAGUGGUAUGUGGGGCGGGAAGAAGGGAGGUGAUGCGCCGGCUGAGGGGAAGGAGAUGCCGACUGAGGAGACGGCUGCUGCUGCUGCCGGGACUGCGCAGGAGGCGGAUGGUAGUGGGAAGAAGAAGAGGAAUCCUAGGAGCUCGCUGGAUUCCUUGGGUGAGAUUAUUGGUCAUAAAAAGUCCUCGUCCUCUGAUUCGUCUGAGAAUAAAUAA